UCGGUGCCUCCUCGCCAUCUUGUUGCAAAGCCUUUUCUUGUCGGCGGGACUCCCGGGGGCCGCGGGGCGGGAGGCACUAGAAGGAAGGAAGAGAGGGAGGGGAAGGAAGGAGGCAGUGCCACCUUUUUUUUUUUGCAUCAAAUUAUUUUAAAUUUGCAAAUUACAUUUUGCAAGUAUUUUGGGAGACAUUGAUUUUUCUCCCCGUGCUGCCCCGUUCUUGCCUGCGGAGUGCGCUGCGCCGCCCAGCCCUGUCGCCCCCCGGAGGUGAUCCCUCCCUCCUGCCUGCCCGCCAGCCUGUCCUGUGCCUGGCUCGCGGGCCGCAGUCUCGGCCCCGGCGCGCCCCCGGCUGCUCUCGGCGCGAUGAGCAUAGAGACGCUACUGGAGGCGGCCCGCUUCCUGGAAUGGCAAGCGCAGCAACAACAGAGAGCACGUGAGGAGCAGGAGCGGCUUCGCUUGGAGCGGGAGCAGGAACAGAAGAAGGCCAGCAGCCUGGCCAGGCUGGCCCAUGCCCUGCCUGUGGAGGAACCCCGCAUCGAGGCACCACCCCUGCCUCCUCUGCCCCCACCCCCACCACUGCCCCCUACAGCCCAGCCUCUGCCCUUGGCACCUCGCCAGCCAGCCCUGGUUAGCACCCCUGGACUCAGCAUUAAGGAUUCUGCUCCCCUGCCCACCAGGCCACAGGUGCCCACCCCUGCACCCCUACUGCAAGACUCCAAGCCCACUGGCAGCCCCAAGCCUUUGCAGCCCCUCCCCACACCCAUCCUGACCAUAGCACCACACCCUGGAGUCCAGCCCCAGCUGGCCCCCCAGCAGCCACCCCCACCCACCCUUGGGACCCUGAAGUUGGCACCAGCUGAAGAGGUCAAAUCCAGCGAACAAAAGAAGAGGCCUGGGGGGAUCGGAACCAGAGAAGUCCACAACAAAUUGGAGAAGAACAGGAGGGCCCAUCUGAAGGAAUGCUUUGAGACCCUGAAGCGCAAUAUCCCCAACGUGGACGACAAGAAGACAUCGAAUCUGAGCGUGUUGCGGACGGCACUGCGGUACAUCCAGUCCCUGAAGAGGAAGGAGAAGGAAUAUGAGCAUGAGAUGGAACGGCUGGCACGGGAGAAGAUUGCCACGCAGCAGCGGUUGGCAGAGCUCAAACACGAGCUGAGCCAGUGGAUGGAUGUGCUGGAGAUUGACCGUGUGCUCCGACAGACAGGCCAGCCCGAGGACGACCAGGCUUCCACCUCUACUGCCUCUGAGGGUGAGGACAACAUAGACGAGGAUAUGGAGGAGGACCAGGCCGGCCUGGGCCUACCUAAGCUGAGCCAUCGCCCCCACCCGGAGCUGCCGAAGCCACCGCCCAGCGCCGCCCCUGCGCCUCUGCCUCCCCACCCACACCCCCACUCCCAGCCUGUGGCCCUGUCUCCUGCCCACCUGCCUGGGCAGCAGCCGCUGCCACAGCAGAAGACACCUCUGCCGGCCCCUCCUCCCCCACCAGCUGCCCCUGCCCAGACGCUGGUGCCUGCUCCGGCCCAUUUGGUGGCUGCAUCUGGGGGAGGCUCCACAGUUAUCGCCCACACGGCCACCACCCACGCCUCAGUCAUCCAGACUGUGAACCACGUUCUCCAGGGGCCAGGCGGCAAGCACAUCGCCCACAUUGCCCCCUCAGCCCCCAGCCCUGCUGUGCAGCUGGCACCUGCCACACCCCCCAUUGGCCACAUCACAGUACACCCUGCUACCCUUAACCACGUGGCUCACCUUGGCUCCCAGCUUCCCCUAUACCCGCAGCCUGUGGCAGUGAGCCAGCCCGUGGCGGUGAGCCACAUCGCCCAUACCCUCUCGCACCAGCAAGUGAAUGGCACAGCCGGGCUAGGACCCUCUGCCACUGUCAUGGCAAAGCCAGCUGUUGGGGCUCAGGUGGUGCACCACCCCCAGCUGGUGGGCCAGACAGUGCUCAACCCUGUGACCAUGGUCACUAUGCCCUCCUUCCCGGUCAGCACACUCAAGCUGGCUUGAGGAUGAGGCUACUCAGAGGCCCCCAGUGGGGGCAAGGAGGGGGACCUGUCCCCACACUCUCCCACCAGCUCCACACAUUCCAGC